AUGUCGAAUCGACUUUUUCUUUGUUUAUCAUUUGUUGUUAUAUUUUUAUUGACAUUAGUAUUAUCUCAAACUCCAACUCUAACAUUAUUACCACUUCCGAGUCCUACUAAUAGCUUAAAUCAAACUUUAAUUAAUGUAAACACAUCCGAUAUAACUUCUUUACUAGAUCCUAGACUUUAUUCUGAGUUGAUCAGGAAUAAAACGUAUCCAGGCACUAAUUGCACAUAUAUUUCAACUCCUCGGCCGGAAGAUAAUAUUAAUAUCAAUGGUCAAUUAAUUCAUUGGGAAUGUCCGGCUGGUACUUCUAAUAGCUCCACGACAAUGAUCAAAUGUAGCCCCGGAUUUUUUUGCCCGGAAAAUUCUGCACAACCAGUAUAUUGUUGCGAAGGUUAUAACUGUUCUCAAGAUGCCAGAAACAUAACACUAUGCCCAAAGGGAAAUUUUUGUAGCCUUGGUACCGUAUAUCCGGUAUCUUGUGAUCAGCUAGCAUUAUGCCCUGCAGGCUCAAGCAAAGGAAAUAAAUUCAUGUUGAAGAAUGCAAAAUAUCAUAGAUUAUUAACAGAACAAAAAUUACGAUUAGAAAGAACUUUAGACCCAGUUAAAAAAACUUUUGAUAUUGAAUUUGAAAAUCUUGGAUUAAUUCUACCAUCUGGUAUUGAAAUUAUGAAGGGAGUUUCUGGAAAACUUGCACAUGGAAGAACAUGCGCGAUUAUGGGACCAUCUGGUGCGGGUAAAACUACUUUUGUGUCACUUUUGACUGGCAAGGCAAAGCGGACAAGUGGCACAGUAAAAGUAAAUGGUGUAACUGAACCACUGGAAAAAUAUCGAAAACUUAUUGGUUUCGUGCCUCAAGAGGAUGUGAUGCUUCGCGAAUUAACUGUACGUGACAUAUUAGUGCACUCCGCAUUAAUGAGGUUACCAAAUGAUAUGGAUAGAGUAGCAAAGAAAGAAAAAGUCAUUGAAGUGAUUCAAUUUUUAGAAUUGAGUCAUGUGAUGGAGUCGAUAAUCGGAAACGAAGAACAACGUGGAAUUUCUGGUGGGCAACGUAAACGUGUGAAUAUUGGAAUGGAAUUAGUUGCUGAGCCGUCCGUGCUUUUUUUGGAUGAACCAACUUCAGGAUUAGAUUCAGCUACAGCACUUGAAGUAUGUAGUUUGUUGAAAAAGAUUGCACAUGGUCAAGGAUUAACAGUAGCCGCGGUUAUUCAUUCACCAUCUCCACAAGCCUUUAAAACAUUUGAUGACUUUUUAUUAUUGGGCAAAGGGGGAAGAAUUGUAUAUUUUGGACCGACAAAUGAAGCAUUGGAAUACUUUAAGAGUCUUGGUUUUCAUUGCCCAGAAGAAGAAAGCCCAGCAGAUUUUAUGAUGGAAGUAGCAGCAGGAAAAGUCAAGCCUUUAGAUCGACAAGACAUUACAGUCCCUGAUUUAUUUGAAGCAUGGGAGAAAUAUCGUGAAACAGGAAAGCCAACACUUAGACCACAUACUACACAUGAUACAGAAAUUGGUAUUCCUGAUGAAGAAAGCAAGUCACCUACUCGUCGCAACUAUUUCAAAUUACUUUAUAUCGAAAUCUGUUUACCAUUUAUUCACGUAAUUCAAGAUAUUUUCGAAUAUAUAAAAGAUGUAACCUUGGAAUUCAUUUUAUUCCUUAGACGUGCAUUGUUCUUCUACCGACGUGAUCCAAUUCGAGAAACACCCAAUAUAUUUGUUGCAUUUAUAUUGUUAUUUAAAAGAGCUUGUAUACAACUUUAUAGAAAUAGAAUCCAAUUUUUAUUGGAUCAACUAUUACAUCUCGGAUGUGGACUUUUUAUUUCUUUGGCGGUUAGUAAUAUGGGUUACAUUGGGAAAGCACCUAGAGAGUUAUGUGAGAUUACACCAUUUGUUCUUCUACCUAUUUGUUUGCAAGCUAAGGAUUCAAUUCAGAACGUUGGGGUGUUUAUGGCACUCGGAGUGACAUUUGCAGGGAUUAGUGCUGGAGGUUCAACAUUUGGAUAUGAAAAAGUAGUUUAUUGGCGAGACACAUCAGCAGGAAUGCAUACAGUUCCAUAUUUUCUAGCCAAAAUAGUAGCAGAUAUUCCUCGGUAUUUCAUAUCAGGGCUGGUCUCAAAGGAGAAACUAAGUCUGGUUGGAACAGGGUUUGCACUCGCUUGGGGUAUGGUAUUGAGUGGAGCGACACCUAAGUUGGAAGAUGUUGAGUCAGGUGGUACCUUUACCUACAUAGAAUGGUUAUGGGAUAUUUCAGCACAAAGGUGGGCAGUUGAGGCAUUAUAUCUUAAAGAAUUAGAGCCUAGGCUGCUACCCACUAAGGCUACUAAGUCCACUAAGGCAACUAAGGCCACCAAGGCCAAUAAGGCAAUGCGUAGUUAG